AAUCGUUAGUGACUAAUCGUCUCCGUCUGCCAUAACUCUGCUCGCGUAUUUUUGGGAGAACGCAUUGUAUAUUCCGCUUCACUUUUACGAAUACGCAGCGACAGGACGCAUCUACGUCUUUUCGCGUUCAUAUUAAUCAGUAGGUUGUUCGGUCAAAGUACAAAUACGAUUGUGCAAACAAGCAAGAAGAAAGGCCAGUGGCAUAAAAUAGAAGAUAAAAGCUCUGUUUGAUUCGUGGCGAUAACGCGAUGACCUUAUAUGUAUAAAUAGGGAGGGACGUAGAUCAUAGUGUUCAGUGUAAGCCGAGUCUUCGAGCCAGUGAGUUUUCGGACAAGUGCAUAAACAAUUUUCUAUACCGCGAGCCAAAGAAUCACUGCAGUCGCAUAGCAUAGAUCACUCUUCGUGCAAUUAAAGAGCAAAAUAUUGGAAAUUGUUCGAAAGAUUCGUCGACACGUAUUUUGAAGAAUAAAAUCAAGAAUUUGAUACACGACCGAGGCUCUAUUACGAACACAGUACGUUAAUUGAAAUCGCAAGUACCUACUAUUGCGUAGACCACUCCGAAAGAUGAUUAAUUAAUUUUUCAUCAAUUGUAAUUAGAUAUAAUUACUAUCGAUUGGCAAGAAAACUUGUAAAUAAAUAAGAAAGACAAGAAUAAAAGUCCAAUUAUUUACGAGGGUAUUGUCGAUGUGAUUCAGAGAAUCUUGGAUGAUCUUCAUCAUCUUGUGAUAUAUAAUUCAACCCUUAACACGUUGACCAUCAUGGGGGUGACUAAAAUUAAAAUUUUAAAAGGAAAUUUUAAAUUUUGUCUGGUAGAUCCUGUGUCACCUGUUAUGUAACAAGAAUGGUCACGAAUUAGGGGUAAAAUAAAUUAUUCUCGGCUUCCGUUUUGCACACCCUCAUUUUUCCACGACACAGUUUUAAAAAUAAAAAUACGCAGAUACGCAAGGCGAUGAAAUGCAUGAAUUUCUGCCAAAAAAUCAGGAACAAACAUCGUAGGUAUGAUAAGUCCAUAAAAACACGGCGGAUAAGAUAAAUUUAUAACGUUCCUUAUGUCCAGUUCACGAGGCCACAUCCAGAUAAGACCCCUUUUAUCAUCGAAGUGCUAUGCACUCGGAUUAAUUAUAAAUUCAGAUAAUUUAUUUGGUUUUUCUUCUUAAGACUUUGUAAACGAUCGCCGAAAUUAGUUAAAUGGACUGAAACAUUCAUACAUGCGACUAAUUUUGAAAUAUAGUUUACGUUUCCGAAACUUUGGCACUCGAAGUGCUUCUUCAAGAUUACCAAAGGAAACUGUGACGUUCUUCCCUCAGCGUUCCUAUUUAAGGGCCCUCUCUUAAGGCACGAGGAGUUGAGUGGGGGUAGAUACUUCUAGGAAUUAGAAGGUUCUUAUCUAAGAAGAUAAGAAGCCGACCAUAGUGGGCCCAUUUUUUUGGAAGGGAUUCAAAACAGGUCCCAUCUGGAGUAAUGUUCCUAACCCUCUAAAUAAAAUCAAAGGUUCCAUCUACCUAAAGGAUCAUUUGGAUCUACCAUUGAAACAUUUAUUUCUAAUAAUUACGAUAAAUUCGGAUGGAAUAAAGGAUAGUAAGGGUACUUUGCAUUCAGAAUGAUUCAGACCCCUGGCAAUGAUCUUACCUUCUACCUGGUGCCAAUGGUGUUAACUGAAAAUAAAAGAAUACAGUAAGAAAGGGUCUUGAAAGAAAAUCCUUACCUGGGACAAACGAUCUUACUCCAGAUAAUACGCUACCCUAACCUAAGGAUAUCUUAUUCUCGAUAAGAUUUCUUUCACAAAUACCAUAGGCGUCUUGUUUUUCCCCUCACCCGCUGAGUUGGUGACGAUAAAUCCCCCCUUAAAUACGGAUUCCUUCGUGAAACUUGAGUCAGUCUGGAAGUUAUAAGCACCGUCUUCGAAACGAACCCUUCUCUAAUCCUUGGAGUGCGAACAGUGGAAAUUAGUGGCCAGCUUCAUCGAGACUCACGAUAAUAAUUUACUAACAAAUUACUAUUCAUAAAAUUGUGAAUUUAAUCAUAAUCCGUCUCGAACAUCCGCGAAUCACGUGUGAAGUGGCAAAACUCAACAACCUGCUUUUAACCUCGAAAUCUGUUAAAGUAUCGUCCAGUAAAAAUUACUAGUGUGAAAUGAGAUUGUUAAAAUAAACGACUUUCUCAUAAGGAGUAAAUGAAAUAGCUAUUAAUUAGCUCUACUCUUUGUGCAUUCUUACUUUAAAUUGGUUGGGUCUCGAGUAACCUGACCGCAGGUACCCAAGGCUUAAACCGCCAUCUUAAUCCGCGGGAAAACCGACGAUAAAAGUUUGAAAGGAAGUCGAGGGUAAUUCGCCAUCAUUUUACAAGCGACAAACAAUCGGGAAUCGUACGAAUUUUACCGUUGCCGUUGAACGUGUCAUGUGUCUACCAUCAGUCUUGUGUUUGUCGCCUGGUCACGAGUACAGCCAAGGCGGUGCGUGGUGAUAUGUCCUGGUCGGCCAGGACGUUCCGCGAACCUCAAGACAAAAGGGGUCGACGCAGCAAAGUCGAGCGUGUGUUGUUCGGCAACGAUGCCGGAGAACGUUAUGCCGGUGGUGAACUUCGACAACGUCGUGUUGAAACAGUGGCUUCGCGAUAAAGGAGCAGUUCGUCGUCGCGAAGCACUGACAAAGCUGAGAGAGGAACUGCAGAAUCUUGGAUUGUCGCGGAGACAGGUACAUCGAGGAUUGUUACAGUUAACGACGAAACCAAAGGUUAUCCUCACACGGCACGCGACGUACAGGAGGUAUGGAUCACAGAAAUCGUUAGAAGAAUAUGAGAGACCAGUCGAUUGUGACUCCAGUUGCAGAAAGGAUACCGUGUUCCCCGGGCAACAUCCGUCACCACAAGAUGAGGAUAGACAGACACCAGACAGCACGCAAAGAAUUCUCGAAGAGGACACCGAUUCCAAUGAAAAAGCGAAAAGAAUAGAAGAAUACAAGGCUGAAGUAUCGUUAAGCAAUAAGACACUAAUGUCGGACAAGAGUUGUAAGUCAAACGAGCAUCGAACGAUGCUACAUUCCUUUGACAUGGCUUUAAAGCAAUUAGACAAGAUCUGUUCAACAAAAAUAAGCGUGGACAAAUUAAAUAGUAGACGAACCUCGGUCAUUGUAUCGACAGCAGAUGCGAUUAAAUCGGGAGAUAAACUUUACUCGAUAAAUAAUAAUAAUUCCAACAUGAAGUCCUCGUACAAAGAUGAAAAUCAUCUAACGAAUAUAAGGCACGAAAACGUGCGAGUAAGGCCAGAAACUUCUCAUUCGAAGUCCGUCAAUGUUGAUCAACGUAAAAAGUUGAAUUUCAAGUCUUUGUCCGAUAGAAAAAGGAGCAAUCAUGAUAAAUCUGAUGUCCAUGAAGAAUUAGCGCCUGCCGUGAAGAAUGCAAAGAUACAAGUAGAUCCUGCAUUGAAUCAAGAUAAACAUUCUAAACAAGACAAUAAUGAGAAUCCAUCGACUGAUAAUAAAUCAACAAAGGCAGGAGAAAAUUUGAAUAAUAAAAGAUCCCACGAGGAGACAGCGAAAGUUUCGAAUUUUUGGAAAAGAAGGAAAAGAAUCUGCGUAUCCAUCGACGAACGGAAAGAACUCGAUAAGAGAUCGAUGAAAAAUAUAAAGUACAAAUUCAGAAAGUGGUUCGGCGAUUGUGGAAGUAUUAGCGAAGAUGAACAGGAACAGCAUAUUUUACAGAAACGAUUUAAACAAAGAAGAAAGAAAGAUUCUGUUGACUCGUGUGAUUCAGGAGUUUGCUUUAACGAAGGGAAUAUUUUAAGCAGCAAUGGUAUAGAAAUACUGAGAAAUAUUCAGACAGCUGUGGCUGAUUCAACGAUGCAUGAAGAGAUCAGUGAAGAUACAUCAUCUAACAAGACUAAUGCAAGGGUUGAUACAGCAAAUAAAUGCAGAGGUAAUGUUACCAGAGAUAAGAAUAUGAAGGUAAUGAAUCAAGCUGAUAUGGUUACUAAUGAUAAACACGAGCAAAAUGAUAUGUGCAAAGUAGACAAUAAUGUAGGAAAUAAGGAUGUAAUUCAAAAGGAAUUGGAUAGCUUGGUCCAAAGUACAACAGCAUCUGAUGUUACAGAAACAUCCUCAGAAGCUAAGAGGACAAAUAUUAGCGUUCCUGUAUCACAAGAAACUGAUGUAAAGGAUAGCAUAUCGUCUUGUAGUACUCCAAUAAUACGUAAUCUUACUUGCGAUAUAGAUAUAACCAAAGAUUUAAACGAACUUUUUGCUGUAAAUUUCAACGAGACGUGUCAGAUUACUUCAAACGGAAAUGUUCUUAGUAUUCAAGAAAAGAUUGAGACAGAUGCGAAUCAGAAUACUCUUAAUAAAGAUUCUGUGAGAAAUUUGCAGUUGAAGGAACAAACAGAUUGUAAUGAAAAUAUUGAGAACAAUAACGGUAUCCCUUCGGAAGAUACAAAAGACUCGUGUUGUAAUGUAAAGAAAAAUGUUAAAAGUAUUCCAGUGAAGAUAGAUCUAAAUAAUCUGUUCGGUAACAUAAAUGAAAUAACAUUGCCAAAGGUUAAAUUAAGUAAUAUCGUAAAAGAAGAGAGUAAUAAUAUAUUAUUGGCGAACUCUGAGUCAAAUAAUAUGAUAGAAGAAAGAAAAGAAGCAACGGUUCUGGACUCUGGGUUAAACAAGGAAAAUGAGAAGGAAACUGCACCGUCAGAUCCUCAAAAGGAAGAUAAGAAUACUCAAUCUAGCGAAGUUCCUAAAAUUAAAUUAAGAGUUCUAUCCAGUGCAGAAUUAGGUUCUAGGUGGUGUCCUACACCCGUAAGUGCUGUGAUUUCCACUACCUCUGAAUUAUCAAGUACAAAUACAGUCACGAUGUCACAAGUAUCAUCUUCAAUAUCAAUACAAGCUGCCCCUAUGCCGAUACCAGUAAUUACUACAACUAUUUUACCUACUGGCGAGACAACCUUUCCUCAUAAUUCGAAAAAUAGUAACAUAGAUCCGAAAUUUUCAAAUGAUGCAAAUACUUGUUUAGAGAACAUAUAUAAGUUCAUUGUAAAUACGCGUACAGCCCAAGUAAAUCAUACUAAAUCAUUGUUUGCAGAAUUUGAAAAAUUAAGACAAAUAAUGAAUACCAGGGAUUGUAUUAGUUUGAUAUCUGCAGUGAUAAACGUACUUAACAAACGACUGCUGAAACAUCAACCAUUAUCAUUACCCGAAUUGUUGCAUUAUGUACCACCAUUUACACGCUUGUAUCUUCGUAAGCCAGAUGAACAAAAUAAUUCUAAUAGAUACCAAAAUAUCGCUCCUAGAAUUGUUUCACAUACAAUAACGAAACAGAAUCUGUCUAACAACUCUCAAGGAUCGCAAAGUGUUACAUCUGGGCAACAUGUAUUUGCUUCUUUUACUCCAUCUCCUAUUAAUGGUACUUGUAAACCAGUUCAGCAAAAUUUGAACGAAAAAGUAGUCGGACAACAAAAUAAUUUUGUUCAAAACAAUGUACCAAUGAACAGCACUGCUACGAAUUGCGGUAUUCAGCAAAUGAACUAUAGAAUGCCAGUACAAAGGCCCUUUAUGCAACAGAAUGGCCCUCCAAAUGCUUAUUUUAUUAGACAACAUCCAGUAAGCAAUAUUCAUUUGCAACAAUGUUCACCUAUGAUAGCUAAUACAAAUCCAUCGGGUAUUAGAUACAAUCAGCCAGCUCCAGGGCCAACAGCAAAUCCAUCAAUUCUAUACAGUUAUCUAUCACCAAUGAAUACAUUUUGUCCUGUAAAUACAUCAAAUUAUUCCCCGCAGCAAAACAUGAAUCAAACACAGGGUAAAAAUAUAAAAAAUGUGCCUUGUAUGGGUCAACAGUUCCAGAACACAGUACACAGGCAACAUAAUUACAACAUACCUCAAGGGAUACAAUCACAAGUUAUGCCACAAAUACCUCAAAAUAUACCAGUGAUAAAUAAUACAGCUCAAACUGUACAAAAUACAUUUGUACCAAAUAUACCUAAGCCUAUGCCAAGAAAUAUUCAAAAAAAUGAACAAGUAUAUCAGAAAAUACCUGUACAUGUACAAACAAGGGUUCCACAGUAUUUUCUUUCAAAACAAGUACCACCAGGCCAACAACCACAGUCUACCAAGAAGAAACAAAAUACCGUACAAGUUUCAUUAGAAUCUACAGAGAAACAGUUUCAUAUACUAAAAUAUCUUUCUGGAAUACAAAAGAUUAUGUUAAUGAAGCAGAUCAACUUUUACUUAGGUUGUACCGACUGGUUACAGCAACAAUUUACACCGGAAAAAUGGCAGAUCAUUAAUAAAGAACGAUACCUGUUGCUUCAUUUUCAAACACUUUUAAAAUAUUUUGUAGAAAAAACUCUCAAUGAUCUUACAUCAAAUACAUCGCAAUUAAAUACGCAUGAGAACAACACGCUUAUAAAUACUGCAAAUUAUAUUCCGAAAACGGUACAAAUUAUUGUACAUGAAAAUGAAGAAAAACGUAACAAAGGUACCGAGUUAAAUACAGAAGAUCAAUCUAAGACGAUAAAUACAAAUGGAUGUAACGUGCCUCAUCAAGAAGAUGUAACAUCCAAAAAUCAAUCUGAAAAUAAACAAAAAACAGCCGAUAACUUAUCGGAUAAGCAGUCUCCGAGUGAAACACAAGAAUCAGAAGAAAUGAUACAAGGUGAAGAAACACAGAGUAAUAAAAAAGAUGAGCAAACUUUAGUAGAACAAAAUCAGAACGCAGUUUUGUCAAUUUUAGAAAUUCAAAAAACAUUGGACAAUAAUAUAAAUGAAAAGGACACGUUGAAAAAAGAAUCAGGAAGUUCUAUAGAUAUGGACAGUACCAAUGCAAAUGAGCAAAAUUUACAUAACUUACCAGAAACGAUUCGUGAUGUUCCUCGUGCAGUUCAGGAAGAAGUGCCAAUAAUAUCUAAUUCGAAAUUAUUUCAUAAGCAAUCAAAUGCAAAUCUAGUUACUGUAGAAAUUUCUUCCAAUAAUGAUGAAGUAACAGUUAUUGACACUAAUGGAAUUAGCGAAAGCGAGGAUGAAGAAAUGAGAUUAAUAAUUGAAGAACCUGAAGAUUGUGAAGAACCAAAGAAAGAAGAACUUGAUGAUAUUGCUACAUCAUCGUUAGAAGACAAUACAUGUGAAGCUUCAGUACAAUCACCGAAUAGUUUAAAUGAUUCUGAACAUUUUAAUGAUACAGAUAUGAAUGAUACUUCAUUAGAAGAAAAUGGCAUAUCGUAUAUUGCAGAUGUUAGAAGCAUAACACUAGAAGCAUUUGAGACAAUCGAAGAAAAUAGUGAUAUUUUUACGAGUAACUCAGAAGAAAACAUUGAUGAAAAAAAAGAAAUUAAAAUAUGUUUAGUUUGUGGUAAACCUGGCAUUAUACAAUGUUUAUUUUGUGAUGUAGCUAAGUAUUGUUCCCAUGAAUGUUAUUCCUUACAUUGGGAAGAACAUUAUCAAGACUGUGUACCUGUAAAAAAAGUAUAAUUAUAGUUAAGACUAUUCUCUUUAGUCUACAUUUUUAUCUUCUAAAGUAUGUUUUUUUUUAUUGUGACUCUGUUAAGUCAAACAGUAUUUAUUGUUGCUGCUUUAUGUUAAAAGUUAAAAGAUAUUUUUUUAUAAAUUAUUACUCUUUGUAUGAAUGUGUUUAAAUAUAAACAAUUUAACAUAGUCGCCAUAGUUAAAUGUAUAAAAUAAACUCUGCACAUUGUUUUGUAUUACUUAAA